AUGAACAUGGCAGGUUUCGCGGGAAACGUGGGUUUCAAAAUUUCGUGCCAGCUUCCUUCUCGCAUUUUUUCAAUUUCCCGGACCAUUUGGAAGUCACAGAUUGCGUGCCUGAAGUGCAGAGAUUUCAGUUCAUCUGUUCCUGUAAGGUACAUUGCUAGCACAUUCUACAGGGUGCAACUACCUGAAACUGCUCUGCCAGUGAAAAGCCGGGGAUAUGGCAGUUCUCCUGAUGUUAAUGUGCUCAAGGUAAAUGGUGGAAAAGAUGUGCAUGCAACAAUUGCCCAUUAUGAAAUUUCUCAAGAUUCAAAUGAAAUUUGCCCUGACUUGUUCUAUGAUGACACUGAACAAGGUUCUUUCGAUCAAAUGGAAGAGGUUGGAGAGUUGACAAUCCAUCAGGGAGGAGACUCGGGUGACCAGGAUUUGAUACAAAUUGACAAAUUUAUUAGUGAUGUUGAGGAAUCUGCUGUUAAAUUACUUGCAGUUAGGGCACUCACAGCACUUGAAUUGAGAAAGAAGUUGCUUGGAAAGAGAUUCUCUCCUGAUGCAGUGGAUGCAGUGAUAAACAAGUUCCAGAGAAGAGGGUUGAUUAAUGAUAGGUUGUAUGCUGAGACAUUUUCUCAAUCAAGAUGGUCUUCAUCGAGCUGGGGACCAAGGCGGAUCAAACAAGCACUGUUCAAGAAGGGAGUUAGUCAAGCUGAUGCUGAGAAGGCAGUCGAAUUGGUCUUUAAGGACAAUGAUUGUGCCGAAGAUCACAAGUCAGUUAUUGCCUUAUCAAAACAUUCCAUGGAUCAUCUUUAUACUCAAGCCUCAAAGCAGUGGUUCAGAGGUCAGAAUGUACCCAAGGAGACAAGGAAAUCAAGAAUUGUUCGGUGGCUUCAGUACCGUGGUUUUGACUGGAAUGUCAUUAACUUCAUACUAAAGAAAUUGGACAGGCAGGACCAAAAUUCUCCAUAG